AUGGAAAGUAUUAAAGAAGAGAACAUUCAUCAUACAGCCUUAAAAUUAGCUGAAGAAAUUAAAAACCUUUCUAUUUAUAAAUCAUUUUACAGCGAUAUACAGAAAUUAGUUUCAUCCCCGAAUGUCAAAAAAGAAGAUUUUAAACAAACUCUGCAGCAAGCCAUGAAAGAAAAGGGCUUAGAAACGAAACUGAGAAACACUAUUUAUCAUUUGGUGCGGGCACAGAAUAAACAAACGAAACUAGAUCCUUUGACAACAUUGUCGAAAGCCAGUGCUCAGUGGGAGAAAAGGAUUCAUAAAUCCCUAAAUUCAAUGUGUUCUGACCUGGAAACUUCAUUGGCAAAAUUAAGACCGCAAAGUGAACAAGAGGAAAUAGCAGAAAAGUGGCAAGAACUGAGCACGUAUAACUUGGAUCUUUCAAAGUACAGACCAGUGUACGCACCAAAGGACUUUUUGGAAGUGUUAUUAACAUUAUCGGGUUACGUUCCAUUUACUAAAGAUGACGAACCGAAGUGGGAAUUUGCGCAUCUACCACUUCAAGUGAAGUCGUUGGAUCAGUUGCGUAAAGUGUACCCGGAGUGGGCGAGCGGUGAGCUCCUGUUGGGAGCGAACCCCGAGGCAACGCUAAGUGCGGAGCGAGCGGCGCUAGGGGCGCGAGUGGCGGCGCUGCGCUACGCGCCGCUCGCGCAGGAGUUCCUCAAGCGCGGCAGCCCGCACUGCCUGCGCGCGCAGCUGUGGGCGCACGUGCUCGGCGUCGAGCUCUCAACGCAGCAAAUUGCUUACUUCAAUAAACUAAAGAAGAACGUCCUAGAAGUGGAUCUGAUGAUAGACAAGCUUAUAUUCAAGGAUGUGCAGCUCACCGCUUCUAAUGACGACCAAUAUUUCGUGUUCGAAGACCUGCUGUAUCAGGUAAUGCUAUGUUUCUCACGGGACGGUGAGGUAUUGCAGCAACUCAAAGGUAGCGUCGGGAACCCUCUAACGGUGACCAUCAAGGGUAAGCAGACGUCGCUCGACAGCAUCACCGUCUUCCCCCCGAGUGGUAUCAUACCCUUCCACGGAUUCACUAUGUACGCCACUCCGUUCUGUUACCUAUACGACGAUCCCGUGCAACUCUACUACACGUUCCGGGCUUUCUACGUCCGCUACUGGCAUCGACUGCAUUACAUUUCAACUCAUCCUCAGGGUAUUGUGUCACUGUGCCUUUUGUACGAAAGGCUUUUAGAAGCUAACGAACCACUGCUUUGGAUACACUUCCGAAAUAUUAACAUCAACCCCAUACGAGUGGUAUUCAAAUGGCUCAUGCGAGCGUUCAGCGGCCAUCUUCCACCGGACCAGCUUUUGUUUUUAUGGGACGCGAUCUUGGGCUACGACUGCUUGGACAUUCUGCCUUUACUCGCGGUCGCCAUUUUGAGUUUCAGAAAGGAGAAUAUAUUCCAAGUGAACACUAUUCAGAAUGUAGACGCCGUGCUGGCCGAUCUGUCUACUAUAUCUGUAGUUCCAUUAUUACAACUAGCUUUGAUGAAACCUUAG